CACUCGCAACAAACUCGCGCAACUCACGAAUCGCAAAGGAAUCCCAAAAAGAAAAAAAAAAAACCUCACGCAUCGCAAAUCGCUCCUCCCCCAUGGGCGACGCAGGCGGGCCCCUUCCCGGCGAGCGCCGCCUCAGCCCCGCCGACCCCGAGGAGCCCUCGCCGCCGGCCUCAUCGUCGGAUGGGACUGGGAGCGGCGGCGGCGGCGGCGAAAACUCCGUGGAGGAGGGCGACGGGGAAGGGCCCGGGUCCGGGUCCGGUACACCCACGGCGAAGCGGCAGCUCUUCGACGCUGACGGCUCCGCGUCGAGGCCCACCCGCCGCCGCCGCAUCGCCUCCGACGACGAGAUUACUCAGGCUUUUACAGGUGAAACUACAAGUGAAAACACUUCCUCUACGAAUGAAAGUAAUCCUUUCAUUGCAGUAUUGGAUAGUAUGUGGUCUAAGAAGAGAGAGCUUGAUGCUAUAAAGGAGGCCGGGAAAGAUGAGCGCCAUGAAAAGUUAUUGUCAUUACAAAAAGAGAGAUUGGCACUAGAAAGACAGAAGUUAGAAUACGAGAGGAAUUUAUUGGAAUUCAAGAGAAACCAGCGGGAUGAGAGAAUUAUGAACAUGGACCUUAGUGAUAUGACUGGGCAACUAAGAGAAUACUACUUGAGGUUGCAGGGUGAGAUCAUGGCUCGACGAUCAGGUUGAGCUGCACUACUUGUUGUGUUGAUGGCCUGCUUAUCGUAUGAACUAUCUGUCGUAUGAGCUACUUGCUGUGUGAACUAUUUGUUAUAUGACCUAUUUAUUGCAUGAACUCCUGUGAUGCAUGGACAUAUUUGUGAUGUAUGAACUAAGCCUGAGUGCAAAUUUUCUACUUCUAACGCAUGCUUUCUACCAUUUUGGAAAAA